AGGAGUAUAAUAAGAGGGAAUUGUAUUGUACUAUGUAUGUGCGGCGAUGGAAGCAAAGCUGCCGCCAUUUUCACCUACCCUCAAUAAUCCCAAUCCUCACCACAAUCCCAUCACCACACUCUGAAACCUAGUCAAUCCCAUUUCUCUAAAAUGCCCCCCUCGGAGCUCUCUUGCUCUGCAAACCCCAACCUCCACGACUCAAACUCCGGCCUAUUCGUCACCGGCGGUUUGUUCCUGGAGCCCACCGUCCCCAAUUCGCUGCUCAAUUCCGUCUCGUUCAGAAAGACCUCAAACGCCGUCGUUUCCGGGUCGGGUUAUGCGUGCCGGUUGCGGCUGGCGGGUGGCGGUGGCGGUGGAUUUUUGUCGGUGAGUUUGAGCAGCGAUGGGGUUGUUCGGGAGUCGAAAGGGGGGUGUUUGGUGCAGAACGGCGAGGAGGGCUCGGAGGAAGCAGCGGUGGUGGUGGUUCAAGAAGAGAAGAGAGAGAAGGUUGGGAUUAGGAGAGGAAGGGCCAUGAACACCACCAAGCAUUUGUGGGCUGGUGCCAUAGCCGCCAUGGUUUCCAGAACGUUUGUUGCGCCGCUUGAGAGACUAAAGCUGGAGUAUAUAGUUCGUGGUGAACGGAGGCAUUUGUUUGAGCUUGUUAAGAGCAUAGCGGUUUCUCAGGGCGUGAGGGGGUUUUGGAAGGGGAACUUAGUCAAUAUUCUUCGCACAGCUCCAUUUAAAGCAAUCAAUUUUUAUGCAUAUGAUACUUACAGAAAACAAUUGCUUAGAUUUUCUGGAAAUAAGGAGACUACAAAUUUUGAGAGAUUCGUUGCUGGUGCUGCAGCUGGAAUUACUGCUACCAUACUCUGCUUACCUCUUGACACGAUUCGAACUAAGCUAGUGGCUCCGGGUGGGGAAUCCUUGGGCGGCGUCAUUGGUGCUUUCCGCCACAUGGUCCAGACUGAAGGGUUCUUUUCCCUUUAUAAGGGCCUAGUACCAUCCAUAGCAAGCAUGGCACCUUCAGGUGCAGUUUUCUAUGGUGUCUAUGACAUAUUAAAAUCAGCUUACUUGCAUUCACCGAAUGGAAGGAAAAGAAUUCAGAAAAUGAACCAGCACGGUGAGCGCCUGAAUGCUUUUGAUCAACUGGAGUUGGGACCGGUUAGGACAUUACUCUAUGGAGCUAUUGCUGGUGCCUGUGCAGAAGCUGCCACUUAUCCAUUUGAAGUUGUGAGGAGACAGCUUCAAUUGCAAUCCCAGGCUACUAAAAUGAGCGCCUUGGCGACUUGUAUUAAGAUAGUUGAACGAGGAGGGGUCCCGGCACUCUAUGCAGGACUUGUUCCCAGCUUGUUACAGGAAAUAGCAUUGCUUGGUGCUGCUCUAGACAUGUUUACCAUCACAUUCUCACUUUGGGAACCAGAGUUCAGCAUCCAUUCAAUGGUCGUUGCUUUUUCCCCUAGUUCUGCAGUAUUAUGACAACAUCAAUCCUAGUACACUGUGGUUAGCACUGAGGAAUUGCAACACUAUGGCUUUGACUACCAUACAGUGCUACAGCAUACUGCUAUUGUUGCGUAGAACUAGCUUUUACGUGCAGCAUAGUGCUACACUCAUCACAUGGUAAUGCUGCUGGAAUGUCUUAUGGAAUCCAUGUUUAUUUUUAUCCGAAAGGUGGAAUGCAUGUUUUUGUUGUGGGAUGAUUUUUGCCCAUACUCAUUUUGCACAUGGAGAUUGAUUUCUGCCCACACUUCUGUGCCGUAUUGAUUAAUAAUCAAUAACGUUAUCUGUCCAUGUCCUCUGCACUAAAUAGGCAAUUUUGAAAUGUCUGGUUAGGCGUUCAUUGUUGUAUAGCUUCUAACAGUACAUGGUGAAAGACAGCAACGUGAAGCUACCAACUAACAACCACUAUUGAGAAUUGGAUAUGAUAAUGGAGAUUGAUUUGUCACCAUCUAUAAUGGUGGUGGUGCUUUAACUAAAGAGUAUGCUGUGGCAGAAUGGUCGUGGUUUAACUUUUCUCCUUGUAAACAUCACUCAUAUCCAGAAGACGAUUGUUUGGAUUAGAUUAGGGUUAAGUGACUCAUUCAUGUU